UUCAUCUCUCUCUCUCUCUGCAAAUGCUGGGAAUAAUUUAAUUCACGAAAUGGGAGACCUGAAGUCGGGUUUUGAAGAGGUGGAUGGCGUGAGGCUCGGCUACCUCAUCAUUAAAGGAAAGCAAAUGUUUGCACUCUCCCAGGUUUUUACAGACCUGCUCAAAAACAUCCCGCGAACUACCGUGCACAAGCGAAUGGAUCAUUUAAAAGUAAAAAAACAUCACUGCGACUUGGAGGAGUUGAGGAAACUCAAAGCCAUCAACUCCAUCGCUUUCCACGCCGCCAAAUGCACCCUGAUCUCCAGAGAGGACGUGGAAGCCCUAUACACAUCCUGCAAAACCGAACGGGUUCUUAAAACGAAACGAAGGAAACUAAGCCGGGCGCUGUCUGCCACCGAUCUCCGGCCUGAGCUCGCUCCCCCCGACCCCUUCUCGGGCUUCUGGAAGGAGAACAAACUUUGGCUGGGUCUGAGCGACUCUCCUCGGCCGCUGCUGCCCGUCCGGAGGAAAGCUCUGCGCCCGGGGGACACAGCCUUGCUACCGGCCGCUCAUCUACCUCACAUUUUUAGUAAAUACACUGGCCACAGCUACCCAGAAAUCGCUCGGGCGCCUUGCAAAUCCCCCGUAAACUAUGAAACGGCGCCGGCGGUGGGCGGCUGCGUGCCCCUGCGCUCCCGUCGCCCGCUCGCCGCCGCGGCGCGGCCCCGGCUCCCGGCCGCCGGUCCCCCGCCCCUGCCCGCCCGCUGCCGCCGCCGCCGCCACGGGGCGGCCGCCGCCGCCGUCACGCUGGGCCCCCCCGGCGGCGCCCGCCGGCCCCUGGCCCUGCCCCGGCCCUGCCGGCCCCGUGGCGCCCCGCGGCUGCCGCUGCCGCUGCCCCGCGGCUUCGGGCCGCCCGCCUUCCCCGAGAGCGGCAGCAGCGACUCGGAGUCCAGCUGCUGCUCGGGCCGCGCCGCCCACGACUCGGACUGCGGCUCCAGCCUCUCCAGCUCCAGCGAGGGCAGCUCGGAGGAGGAGGACGAGGAGGAGGAGGAGGACGAGGAGGGCAGCGGCGCCUCGGACUCUAGCGAGGGCAGCUCGGAGGAAGAGGAGGAGGAGGAAGAGGAGGAGGAAGAGGAGGAGGAGGAGGACAGCACCUCGGACUCCGACUCCAGCUCGGUCUCCAGCCAGGUUUCGGUGCAGAGCAUCCGCUUCAGGCGCACCAGCUUUUGCAGCCCGCCCGGCGUGGUCCACGCCAACUUCUUGUACCAUCUGGCGGCCGCCGCUGCCUCCCGGCCCCCGGCCCCGGCGGAGCCCGGCGGGCUGCCCGCCCUCCGCGGCGCUCCCGGCGGAGUCAAGCCGGAGCUGCCGGAGGAGUGGGGCUGCCCCGGCUGGGCUCCCGCCGCCCCGGCGCUGCGCUGCUCCGGCGGCCUGGGGAGCUGCUUCGCGGAGAUAAGAGAUGAUAGGGUAUCCGAACUCACAUUCCCACACUCUGAAUUUUCCAAUAAUGCCAAGAGUACUGACCUAACAAUUAACUGUGUUGCAAAGGGGGCCUCUUCACCUAGCCCAAAGACAAACAAUGCAUUUCCACAACAAAGAAUACUCAGAGAGGCAAGGAAAUGCCUUCAAGCAACUACUACACACCGUGCAGAUAACAAUACAAUAGCUGCUAGGUUCUUAAAUAAUGAUUCUUCAUCAGCGGCAGCAAAUUCAGAGAAAGAUUCCAAAAUCCCUCAUUGUAUUGAAUUUGCCACGGAUUUGCCCUCUUUACAAACUGAUCCUGCGGAGGAUGCUGCUUCUCCAGGGGCAGCAGCAGCAGCUGAGCUCCAGUGCACUGAUACAGGCAAUAAGGCAUUGCCAUUCCUGCACAGCAUUAAAAUCAAAAUAGAGGACAGCAGUGCGAACGACGCGUAUGAGCCUGAUCUUACAACACAUAAGCUAAAGUGUGAGUGCAAUGAUACUAAGGAUGAGUUUUACGGUGUGACUGAGAGUAAUAACCAGGACGCUUUAUUAACAGCCAAGGAAGAUUCUGCAUGCACUGAGAAAGAAACCACUUCCUUAAACCCACUGACUCAGAGUCAGGUCCUCUCAUGCACUUUAGGUACUCCAAAACCUGAGGAUGGGGAGUAUAAAUUUGGAGCAAGGGUGAGAAAAAAUUACAGGACACUGGUUUUGGGAAAGCGACCUGUACUGCAGACUCCUCCAGUCAAACCAAAUUUGAAAUCAGCUCGAAGCCCACGUCCUACAGGUAAAAUUGAGACACAUGAAGGAACACUGGAUGAUUUUACAGUUAACAAUAGACGCAAAAGGGUAGCCAGCAAUGUAGCAUCAGCAGUGAAAAGGCCAUUUAAUUUCAUGGCAAAUUUUCCCUGUCCACCAUCACUAAUUAUUGGCAAUGAUGGGGAUUUGUUGCCAGCUUAUUCCUUAAACACCACUAAGGAUUCCCAACCACCUCACAAGGCCCAUCCUGUAUGGAAAUGGCAGCUGGGCGGUUCUGCAAUACCUCUUCCACCUAGCCACAAAUUCAGGAAAUUUAAUUAAUAAAGUAGUUUGGAAAAUAUUUUCUUGAACCACCUUUAACUUUCUUACCUUUUUUUUUUUUUUUUAACUCUGCAGCAUGGUUUGUACAAACCCAUUAAUGCUAUCCACUAUUGGAACCCUGUUUUAUCACAUUGUGAAGACAGAAUCUGGAUUACUAUUUUAUUUACCAUUACAACAGUGGGGGGUUUUUUCCUUAUUUUGGGAUCUUGGUGGGGUUUUUUUUGGUUGUUGUUGGUUUGGGCCUUUUUGUUUGUUUGUUUGUUCUGUUGAAUUGUUUUUGUUUUUUGUUUUUGUUUUUUGGGGUUUUUUUUUUAUUAUGUUACAUUCCACAGAGUACUAUAGGCUAAAGACUCAAGUUAAACUCAGUUAUUAUGGUAGAGCUGGAACACUUUACUGUUUAAAUGCUAAUAAUGCACCAGUACCUCAAUUCAACUGCUGCAAAUAAAUGUCAAAAGGUUGAAUAAUAAAUAUUAGAAUGAGCCAUUAAAUUUAUGCACUAGAUUUUGAAAAUGGAAGUCUAACUGUUAAUUCAGUUAAACUUUGUUAAGUUACAUGGUUGCACAGUAAGGGUUCACUAUAAUUCAAUGUGGCAGCAGUAUACUUUUCAGGAGCUUUGUUUUCGGGUGCAGGGGUGUCUUUUUUGAAGGGCAGUUGCACUUACUCCUUCUUCUCCGGUUUGGAAAAGACUGGGGUCC